AUGUCACUCACAGUCCCUUCUAAGCUUUCAACGAGAGAGGCUCUAGUCCGGAUCGUAGUGACGGAAGGAAACUGGAAAGAGAAGGGCACUAGUCAAACGCAACAGAAGCAGACUUACUUCAUAACCCUCAAAGACAACGCACUCUCCGCCAUGUCUUUCGAAUCCAAAAUCGCUCUGGCGUUGGGAGGAUCCAACUGGCAGCAGUUACAGGGCGAAAGUACUGCGGAACCCACUCUUGAAGCCGAGGAAUCCGAGGAAUCCGAUUCGGAUGAUGAAGAGGCCGGUAUCAAUAUUACAGAAGAAGUCGUGAUCGACCCCGUCAGAGCCAAGAAACAGCAGAAGAAAAAGGAGCGCUUCGAUCAAAGCAUUGCAAAAGAUGCGGGAGAGAUCUUGGAGACAAUCGACAAGGACGCGCUCAUACCAGUAGCGGAAAAGGUAGUCUGGGACCAGGAUCCAGAAUUGUUGUGUUGCUACAACUGGCAAGCUUCUGACGAUGGAACGAAUACGAUCUUUGUUCCGGGGGAGCCAGCAAAAUGGCAACAACCACCCCUACCACACACAUUGAACCCAGACAGUGGCUUCACAUAUAGUGACUACAACUACGCUCGCCAGCCGAGAAACCCCUACUUGCCAAUGUUUCAUGCGCUAAGCCUCAUGGCACCAAACACCAAUUUCCACGACGUCGAUGUCCUCGCAGAUCGAAACAACCUCCGUAUCUUAUUGGAAUUCGCCCAAGGCAAGUCCAACGGGCCGUUCCGGCUCAAUAUCUACCUAGUCUUCAACACACUCGUGAUAGUGCGGCGAGAAUCACGAUGGUGGAAACACUCCGACGGCAAGAGCUAUGGCGUCAAUUUCGAGAAGGACUUCACCCGGACAACAGAAGGUAUGGAAGAUGCAACGAGCCACUACCGCGCAAUACGCUAUUCCAUGGGCCCCCUCAACGUCGUCUGUCGCUUCGAAGCAGACGCCUACGACGACGGCAUCGUCCCCGACGACCUCACUCAAAGCGAAGCCGAAGCCGUAAGCGGAGCAAGCGGAGGCGGCCUCACCUCCAGACCACAAUUCAAAUACAACGCGCCCAUCCGCGUCUUGCAAAAAGGCCACAUCGUCCCCACUGCCCAGAUGCUAGAGCUCAAAACACAAGCUUACCACCCAGAAGGAACGGGUCUCGUCCAAUGCCAAGAUCAACUCUGGUUCGGUCGAACUAGUUUACUCUUCACGGGGCCUUACGAUAAAGGGACUGGGACUGUGAAUCGUGUCAAGAGGGAAGAUGCAACAGAGAGGGUGAAGAAGUGGGAGAUGAAUCAACAAGAAUCAUUGAGGAAACUCGUGGCGCUAUUGGUUCACUUGAGGGACGUGCUAAAAAGGGAGCGUAGACACAAUCGCGCGCUGGUUCUUGUGAGGGAAGGCAAAAGUGGGCCGAUUGUACUGAGGACGAUGGAGGAGAGGAGUACGGGUGUGGAUAGAGAGAUGCGGGAGAAGUUUUGGCCGCUGCCUACGCAUGGGUAUCGUGGAAGAGGUGGUGGGGGUAGGGCCGCUUUCAAUGGCGGUGGUCCUCGUGGUCGUGGUGGGCAGUUUGUACCUCCUCCUGCUCAGGGCCGAGGUGACUUUGCUCCUUUGCGCGGUCGUGGAGGAUCUAUACCUGCUCAAGGUCGAGGAGGUUUUAUACCUUCUCAGGGCAGAGGUGACUUUGCGCCUUCGCGUGGUCGCGGGUACUUCGCUCCCCCUCCUCAAGUUCGGGACCAGAUUAGGUCCCAAUCAGGUCGCGGUCGUGGUCAGUACGAUACGAGUGCUUUGAAUGUAGCACGUGGCCGAGGUGGUCGUGGGGGUAGAGGAACUCCAGAUCGCGGCCGUGGCGGACCUAGCAGUUGA